AUAUUGUCCCAUAGUGUCCAGGGAUGUACAGGUCAGGGUGGAUUGGCCAUGGGAAAUUGUCCCAUAGUGUCCAGGGAUGUGCAGGUUAGGGUGGAUUGGCCGUGGGAAAUUGUCCCAUAGUGUCCCGGGAUGUGCAGGUUAGGGUGGGUCGGCCAUGAGAAAUUACCCACAGUGUUAGGUAAGGGGUAAAUGUAGGGGUAUGGGUGGGUUGCGCUUCGGCAGGUCAGUGUGGACUUGUUGGGCUGAAGGGCCUGUUUCCACACUGUAAGUAAUCUAAUCUAAUCUCCCAUUGCUCUCUGAGCUGUGGUUCGUUCCUGGUUUCGGUUCUGCCGCGGGAUCCCAUUUCCUGAGUCUGAUGAAACACUCACAAGACAACACCCAGAGAGACAGAACGAGACAGACGGGCACACGGAGAGGGACUCUCUGUCACAAACAGAUCUCAGCUUCUCACUGAAACAAUGGCAGGGAUCAGGAAGGUGAUGUGGCUGUUGGUGAUUCCUUGUCACGUCUUCAGCCGGACGUCCUCACCCUCUGGGAAUUGUACCGGUCUCUCGGAGAUAACGUUCGAGGAGUUACUCCUGGCUGUGAGUCAAUCCAAGCAGGUCAGUGCUCUGAGCAUGAGGAUCGCGGAUUUGGAAAAAAAGCUGGGCGAUCUCCAGAAAUAUGUUCCGAGGGUGAUCUUCAGUGCCUAUGUUUCUGAUCGGAGGGACCCCGAGGUACAGAAACCCAUCCUCUAUGACCAGGUGACGGUGAACCAGGGUCAGGGGUAUGACCCAGCGACCGGGACGUUCUCUGCCCCUGUGACCGGCAUAUACCAGUUCACCUACUCCCUGCUGGGCAAGACCGACUCACUGGACACAGCGAUACACCUCGUGGUCAAUCAGGAACGGGUGAAUUACAUCCACAGCGUCCUGAAAGCAGACCAGGCACAGACAGCAUCUGUCACAGUCAUCCUCUCCCUCAACGUGGGAGACAGAGUCUGGGUCACUCUGGAGCAGGGAGGGGUCUGGACUGAACAGAGGGCCAUCAGCUUCCAGGGACUGCUGCUCUCAGCUGUGUAGGAACAUCGGAAUACCGCCGCGAGCAGUCCAACAUCCGCCAACAUUCCUGCUCCCUUUAAUACCCACCCAGUCUAACCCCACUCUCCCCCCUCACUCCCCGCUCCCUUUAAUAUCCCACCCAGUCUAAUCCCACUCUCCCCCCUCACUCCCCGCUCCCUUUAAUAUCCCACCCAGUCUAAUCCCACUCUCCCCUCUGUCCUCUCUCUCUGUGGCCCUGGGUGCUUUGAUUUCAUUUCUGAAUGACCACUUUUAUUUUUAUUGCUAACAUCGUGUCUGUUCUGUAACUGAUGUGAUUUUGAUCUUAAUGAAAACCUGUAGAAGGCAA